GCCCUCUUGAUCAUAUUGGUCAAUUAGAGGUCACAUGUCCUCUCCCUUCCAAUCAGAACUUAAUGUAGUGGCUCGCACUGAGGAAAGUGGACAUUUGCCCCUGCGAGGCUUCACAUCUGUCUGUUUCUUCUCUGAGGUCGUACUUUUUAUAUCAGGAAUAAGAUGGCUUUUCCCGGAUACGGCGCUGGCCCCGGUGGAUUUCCAGGAAUGCAACAAGAUCCUCUCUAUGGUUAUUUUUCAGCUGUUGCUGGUCAGGAUGGACAGAUCUCAGCAGAUGAGCUGCAGCGCUGCCUCACGCAAUCUGGCAUCUCUGGCUCAUACCAACCCUUUAGCCUUGAGACAUGCAGACUGAUGAUCAAUAUGUUGGACAGGGAUCUGUCCUGCACUAUGGGCUUUAAUGAGUUCAAGGACCUGUGGCAGGCUCUGAAUGGCUGGAGGGGGACCUUCGCAUCCUUUGACCGGGACCAGAGUGGGACAAUAGAGGGCCAUGAGUUGCAGCAGGCCAUCAACUCCAUGGGUAAGAGCAAAUUAAAAUUAAGUUAUGACUUUGACAACAGUCAGGUGUCCACUGGAGCAUUGCAGCAUGUUUUGCUUGUUUGAGUUAUUCCCACUUUUCUUACUAAUCCCAAAGAGGUGCUGUAUAUGUACUAGUCAGUUUAGCUGUGAUGAGGGAUAGAAUCCAGCAUCCUUGUUCGAUGUAAAAAUACAUGUCAAAGUUUUUCUAAACCUUAUACAUCAAACAGAAAGGAUGUUAUCUAAAGUUAAAAUAUUUUAGUGCAAAAUUCUACAAAAGUUUAUACUGACCCUUCUCUGGACAGUAGAGACUGCCUAGAAGGUCUCUAAGGGAAAAGGACUUUGAACUUUGUCCCGCAUAUUUCUGUGUAUAUGGACUAUACAUGCACAGACUGCCUUGGGUUUUAGAGUGGCAAUAAAGUAGAUGUUAGCCAAGUGCU